AAGUUCAGCGAUUGGUAGCUUAUCUAUUAUUAGAAAAAACAAUCAAAUUUUCAUUUAAGCAAUCACAAGAUAGACAACAUAAUGAUCAGCUCAUCAUAGAUCAAACAGAAUCAUGGGAUAUACCUCAAAAAAUUAUUGCUUUAGAGCCAUGUGAAGCUUCGAAAUUUCAGUAUAUUAUUGAAUGGAUUAUGUUUGAUGCUUUAAGUACUGAAAAUAUGGAGUAUAAAAGUAAUGUUCGCUUCAAAAAAACAACGAUUGUUUCAGGAAUUGAAUUUGUUCAAUUUAUAUAUUAUUUAGAAUCACUUGUUUUUCAGUUGUUCGACAAGCACAUUGAAUACAGACCUGACAUUUUAAUCUACAUUAAUAACUGUGUGAUGAACAACCAGCCUUUAAAAGAACAGUUUCAUACUCUUUUACAGAAAUCAUAUGAACUUCAAUGUUAUACAAAUGAUGAAAAUCAUCUAUCGGGAUCUUCAAGUUUACGAGAAAAUGUUAAAGCAAUGAAUGCAAACUUGAAAAAUUUCACGAAAAAAAAUAAUUAUAAAACAAAGUCUUUUAUAUUCAAGAAAGAUAUGUUACCAGAAGAUUCUAGUCUCGCACUUGCUCAACUCAAGAUCUGGGCUCACGGUGACGGAGCUAAAAAUGUAUUUGAAAAGGCAUUUACUUUAUCAGAACUUAAAACUCUUGUUCAAGCAUUUCAAACCAAACCAUCAGAGUUAAAAGAAAAAAAAAUUGGAAUACGUGGAUUUGCUAUUUA